CUCCCAUAUAAUGGCACUUUCUACUAUCGUUUUAUGUUAAUUAUUGACGGAUUGCGGGUCAAAUUGCAUUUCUGAACCUUUUUCCGCUCCAUUGAAAAAAAUAUGGAGCUCAGGCCGGACCACCAAUUCGACCCUUUUGGACCCUUUGGCGACCUUUUAGGUCCCGAUGCAGAUGCCUAUAAUGGUGUUGACGAUAAUAUCAUCAAUAGCAUUGAUUGGAAUGAUCCUUCAUCCUUCUUCAAAGCCAUGGGUGCUGGUGCUGGUGGUAUGCCCACACCCGAAAUAAAAUCGGCCCCAGAAGUUCGUCAGGAGGCCACAUCCAGGUCGAGGAGGAUUUAUAACAGUUACUAUUCACUGCAUGCGAUUCUACAGCGUCACGAAGCUACAAUUCGUAAGCGAUGGCUCAAGAAAACACGACCUCAGAGGCUUAAGAUUCUGCUAAAUGCUUGGCCGAACAUGCCGACAAUGCAUCGCCCCGACUUUGAGGCUUUCCGGAAGGAGUCAGAGGCCGACCGUGACAGGGGCACCAAAUACCGCGACUCUUUCUUGUGUCCUUUCAUCAAUCAGGAAGAUCUUCUUAGAACUAAGACGCUACCAUUGUUACUGAACGCGCGAGGCCACCAUCCACCAUCGCAUUUUGCUGCCGCUGAUAUCGAUGCCAUGCACCUCGGCCUGGUCACCAAAGCAAUUGUGCCUAUUUUUCUAAACCAGUAUGUCAUGGUCUUGAAUGGUGUAGAUGAGAAUUCCUCGGAAUAUGGCAAGCUCGUGGGCUGGGAUGAGCAUCCUGAUGCAUUUGAGUGGAUGACCAAACAGAAACAGUUUCUUCCUGGGGAGGGCCUGUUGAUUCUGGAGGUCCAGGAGAGACUUUUGAUUGCUCUGCGAGAAUGCUGCGUGCAGCUUCUCCAUGACAUCCCAGAGGCAGAGCUGUGAAAUCACGGGAUUUGAGUCUCUUGGUAUCAUGGCCGCAGAGGCUCCCUAUCGUGUGCCCGCGGAACUUGAUCUCCGCCUUAUUGAGUCACUACUUACCGCGAGGGCCUCUGCUGCGGAAGAUCAUCUCUGGGCUUUGCGAGAGAAUCCUGAUUACUUUUUGAAGGCUAUCCUUGAUGCCCAGGACCAUCGGCAGGAAAUGUUGAAGGAUACCAGGGGCAUGAGUCAUCCGGUGUUCAGUCACGGCCAGCGAGAUGUUCUUUGGGCACGCGUAAUUGGGUCUGUGGUCUUGCAGGCAUACCUCUAUCUUGAGGUCUUCACGGAACUGAGCAGUCAAGCCAAAAAGCUGGCAUCAAUGCAAAGUAAAUACGCUCGUGAUAUAUCGCCUUCAGAAGACUUGCCCGACGAAUACCUCGAGGCAUUACUCCGAUUCCGAUUCUAUAUCAAUCAGGCAGCGAAAGGACCAUUGGGAGCACUCAAGUUCAAAACAGCGGCCUCCCCGCCACUACGAAAGUUCUUCGUCCGCGAGCCGCCGCUCGAUUAUCAGUCUCCGAAGAUUCGAGUAAUUUUCAAGUCGGGUGCCAACAUGGAUAAGGUGGAGGAGCAAUUGAUUUGGCUGCUUCGUACCCUGUGGGAGGAUGGCCAUGAUCUGUUCCUCGCCACUAUGCCUCUAGUCGUUGAUGAAAUUGAGCGGCUAAUUGAAUCUGAGCCCAAUGCGCGAGAGUUACUCUCUUCCCAAAUUACGGGAGUUGUUGGGGACCUCUCUAUUCUCUCACAAUGCCUGAAUCAGCUGGGCCUUUACCAUCCUUGGGCCAGAACCUUCGAGGACGAGGCUGCAGAGCGCGAUGAAACUUUGCAGAAAGAAUAUGCUGAGCGGACCCAUACAUGGAACAAGAUCAUCGCCGCAAUACACGAGAAAAACAUCCUAUCUAGAGCCGUCACGCUGGGGCAGCCUACAGGAGGCAAAUUCCAUUAUCCGGUCGACAAACGCCGCACCAGGGAAAACGUGGAGGCACUGCGCGAGGCUGAAGGCAAUCUGGACGCUUUCUGGGUCUCCAUCGACCAUAUCAUCAUUGCAAAAGCCGGUGAUCUGCGUGAUAGCGCAGUCCGGAAGCUUUUGUCUCAGCCACGCAUCCUACAACGUACUAAAGAAUGGGUCGAGCCCCAAAAGCCGCCGCCCGGCGAAUCUGCACAGACGAAAGCAAUCGACGCAGACCAAUAUACCUGGUAUCAACCGAUAUCCAAGUUCUACGCGGCCCCUUCUCCGAAAAAUUUGGACAUCCAAAUGCCCAAGAACAAAGUCAAAACGCGCGGAAAAGCGCGCUCAGCCAAAUGCCAAACCGAAGCUGAAAUCCUAACCCAACCCAACCCUGUCGACCCGCAGCCUUCGCUUGCCGUCGAUGCGCGCGCCCUCAAGGUCUUCCGCACCGUCUUCUUCAACCCCUCUACCACUUCCACACCGGGUGAAGUCCCAUGGAAUGAUUUCCUGCAUGCAAUGACGUCCGCCGGCUUCACGGUCAUGAAGCUCUAUGGCUCUGUCUGGCAAUUCCAGCCGACCGGGCUGAAUGUUGAAAGAAGCAUUCAGUUCCAUGAGCCCCAUCCCCGGGGCAAGUUAUGCUUCAGGGUUGCUCGUCAGUAUGGGCGACGGCUGAAUAGGGCGUACGGUUGGUUCGGAGGGAUGUUCAUUUUAGCUGAAAAGUAGAAUGUUUCGUAUCCAAAAAUCAAUAAAUGCGUCAGUGUCUCUGCGGACUCGAGCACUGUUCCUCCAAGUUCGUAGUACCCAUUCCAAUGCUAGUGACCACCUAUGUAGCCCGAGGCUUAGUCGGCCUGAAGAGGCCCGAACUACAGCACGAAUCUAGCAUCA